GGGCUUCAACCGGUGGAAUAUAGACAAUUGUCUUCUGCAUAUAAAUUUUCCAUCAUCCAAAAAGAUAGUAGCGGCGGCGGUGGUGACAGUGGUGGCUGCGGGGGCUGUUGGGGCGUCCCCAGGAGCGAGAAAGGGAAUGUUGUUGUGGUCAAUUGGGUUUCGGGGUUAAAGCAGAGUAUAGAGUCGUCAGUUGAAGAGUUCGCUGAAGAAUCCAGAAUUGUAAGCAAUACGAAGAUGGAGAAAAAGGAUCGCUUAUGCCUCGAUAUCAUAGGAAAUGUUUUAAAUUAUUUGGAUCCCAAGAAAGCCAUGAGCUUUUGCACGAUGUCCACUGCAUGGAACACUAUGAUCCUGGACCAUGACCCAACCAAGAGAGUGAUCCCAUGGCUGACCUUUAAUAAAUAUUUCAGUUGGGCCAUGCAUAAUAUAGUGGAUGAUAGAAAGUCCUUUGAAGUGAGUGUCCCAGGUGGCUAUGAAAAAUAUGAAGUCGAACAAAUCUAUCAUGGUUGGAUGGUGUCUUUUUCUGAAUCCUCGAAAUUAUUAAUCUCCCUAUACAAUCCAUUUUCCAGAGCAAAGAUUUAUCUCCCUACUUGCAAAGAAAGUAUCUUCUUCGGAACUACUUACCUAUCGUCAGGUUUGGAGAACCCUGAUAGUACAUUAAUUAUAACAACCAAAACAACAAUAUUUAGUUGGAGAAAGGGAGAUACAUCAUGGACUAUAGAGGAAAAACCCAAUCAUGAUCAAUGGAUUAUUACGAGCUUGGCAGGACAUUUCUAUGCACUAGAGGAAGAAAGUACUGAAUUGAUUAGUUUCCAAUUGUUCCCUCUGCGGAUCACUCGGUUAGGUGUGAAAAUUCUCGUAACAGAGGAGGUCCAACAACAUUAUUUGGUUGAAUCGCGCGGAGAAUUGUGGCUUGUCUUAGAACAUUGUUCUUUUGAUAUCUAUGUAUAUCGACUUGAUCUGGAGUGUAAGGCCUGGGUCAAGAUGGACUGCUUGGGUGAUCGAGCAUUAUUAUUAGAUGGUUAUCCUGACUCUCUCGGGAUCUCUGUCCCGGCUCAUGAAACGGGAUAUGAGAGUAAUUACAUAUAUCUUAUCCAUGAUAUGGAAGUUUUAAUUAUGAAAUAUGGUUGCAAUAAAUUAAUUUCGAAAACAGAUGUUCGUAAGUUGGGACAACACGCCUCCAAUCGUAUAUUUUGGAUCACACCAAGUUCUAACUGAAGGAGCUUGCUACGGCGAGGACUCUGCAGUAGUAUGCCAGAAGCUGAAUGGAGACCUUGGAGUGGUAUUUAAUGUUCUUCCCAAGGAUAUGCAACAGCUGCUGCUCUCCAAUCCCAAAAGAUCAGCUCUUCUUCAAGGUGACCCAGAACCAGGGAAGCAUAUCCUUCUGUACCGAGUAGCCCAGUUGCUGAACCCUUCUUCCCAGAAUUUCUACCACAGCAAGAACCCCACCUUCCUGAGCUGUCAAAGCAGUUCUCCCUUCAUCAAAACCAACCAAUGAUUCCAAAAGGGCACAACAUUUUUCAGCUAUUUUGGAGGAUUUCUUGCAGGUCUUGAGAAAGCUGAUCAGAGGAGGAAUAGGAUGGAGUGAGCCGACAGUUCUGAGGUUGUCUGUGAUGAUGGAGAGAUUGUAGAGAGUUGCAAUAGCAUCUAACUUGGGCUUGUUGACUUCCGUUUUCAAGGACCUCCUUUGUGUAUUGGUGCUUUUAUUAUACUUACAAUUACUGAUUAGGCUGAAUUUACUAUAAGACGAACUUCAUUUUGAUGUUCA